GUGUGUGUGUGUCACCGCCAUGACACUCCGCACUUCUAACAAAGUUCCUCCUCCCAAGUUGCUUCCUCCCCGUGGUCACCGGCAGCCUCGUCCCGGGCUCGCAGGCUCCCUCAAAGCCGGCAAAAAAGAUGAAGAUCUGGGCGUCAGAGCACAUUUUCAACCACCCCUGGGAGACGGUGACCAAGGCGGCCAUGCAGAAGUACCCCAACCCCAUGAGCCCCAACGUCUUCGGUGUGGACGUCCUGGACAGAAGUGUGGACAAGGACGGACGCUUACACAGUCAAAGACUGCUCAGCGCCGAGUGGGGUCUGCCCGCCAUCGCCAAAUCUAUCAUUGGAGCCUCACGAUCUCACACUUAUGUCCAAGAACGUUCAGUAGUGGACCCCCGACACAAGAUCUUUCAGCUCCAAUCUACAAACAUAUCCUUUACUAAUUUGGUGUCUGUGGACGAGAAGUUGACGUACAAGCCACAUCCGCAGGACCCUGACAAGACGGUGCUGACCCAGGAGGCUCUGAUCAGCGUGAAAGGUGUCAGCCUAAGCAGCUACCUGGAGGGUCUGAUGGCCAACACCAUGUCUGUCAACGCUGGAAAGGGCCGCGAGGCAAUGGAGUGGGUCAUUCGACGGUUGAACACGGAAAUCGAGGAGCUCGCGGCGAGCGCGCGCAGCACAAUGCGCGUGCCUAUGGCGGCGGCCGUGACGGACGAGUGAUGGCCAACCUCCUCCAUUAUCAUCAUCAUCAUCAUCAGCUGACGCACUUCUCCCGACGCUUCCUCCAGGGGGAGCUCUCGUCAUUUGCCAGUAAAGCCUCAGCACCACCUGA